AUGGCCUCGAGCGAGCGUCCGGCCGGUGGCGCCCUGGCGCUGCACUAUGCCGCGGCUCGCGGCUGCCUCGACUGCGUGCGGCUGCUGACAGAGGCUGCGCCGGACAUCAGUGCCAACACGCAGAUGGACAACGACGUGACGCCGGUCUAUCUGGCCGCCCAGGAGGGGCACCUGGAGGUGCUGAAGUUUCUCGUGCUCGAGGCGGGCGGAUCGCUGUACGUGCGGGCACGCGAUGGUAUGGCUCCAAUCCACGCCGCUUCCCAGAUGGGCUGCCUCGAUUGCCUCAAGUGGAUGAUUGAAGACCAAGCGGUGGAUCCAAAUCUGCGUGACGGUGAUGGUGCCACCCCACUGCACUUUGCCGCGUCGCGCGGUCACCUCAGUGUGGUGCGUUGGCUGCUGAACCACGGUGCGAAGCUGUCGCUGGACAAGUACGGCAAGAGUCCGAUCAACGACGCCGCCGAGAACCAGCAGGUCGAGUGUCUGAAUGCGCUCGUGCAGCACGGGAACCUGCACGGAACGGCCGGAUCGGCGGGUGGCGCCGUGGCCGGGGACGUGCCGGAGAGCGUCGGCAUGCAGCAGCCCGCCGCCUCACCGAAGCAGCCGGCCCACCACAACCACAGCCACCACAACCACCAUCAGCUGCAGGACGCGUACCAUUCGCAGGUGCUGCCCGGGCACGGAUCGCUGCCGAAACAUGCGCGCGCCUCGCGGAAGAGCUCGGCCGGCAGCUACACGCGCGCCGGCAAGUCCCUGGCGGUGCACGGUGGUCACGGGCAUCACAACAGCAACACCAUGCUGUCGACCAAGUCCUCCACCGGCAGCUCCGACUCCGAGCCGUUCUAUCUGCAUCCACCGACGAUCCGGAAGACUAAGGAUGGGCUGUACGCACGCCAGUCACCGGACAGCUACUACGGCUCGGUUCUGCCUAACGACGGUGUGUACGUGAAUCCGAUGCGCCGCGGCUCGUCGACGCCACCGAGCCCGAGCGGGAGCAUCUCCGGCGAGUCGUUCUUCCUGCACGACCCGCAGGAGGUCAUCUACAACCGCGUGAAGGACCUGUUCGAUGCGGACGCCGUGUUGAAGGAGGAGAAGAUCGUCAACAACCGCUCGAUAGUGCAAGCGGAGGUACACUCGAGCAGCAGCGGUGCGGCUAGCGGCUCUGAUGAGGAUCUCUCGGUGUCGUCAUCGCAUUCCGGCGGUGAUGGAGGUGGCGGAAAUGGUGGUGGCGGCGGCGGUGGAGGCGGAGGUGGUGGUGGAGGCGGAGGGGGAGGAGUAGCUGGAGAACGUGGUGGCGUCGGUGUCGAGCUGAUCAACGGCAGCGUCAGCAAUGGGGGCGUCAUCGGCGGCGGUGGCAGCAACCAUAAAGCGUCGAGCAACGUCAACAACGCGAACGCCGUCAACAGCCACGAGCACGACUACGAGGACAUCUACCUGAUGCGCGAGGAAACGCAGUACGGUGCGACGCAGGCAGGCUCCAACGGCCGGCUAGGGGUAGGACGCAGCCGCUCGAGGGACAGUGGCAGCCACAGCCGGUCGGCCAGUGCCAGCUCCAACCGGAGCGACGUGAUACUGCAGCUGACGGGCAACAGCAACCUUCACCAGGCCAACAACAAGGAACAUAUGCUGCUAGCCAAGCGGAACAAUAUGCUGUACGAGCAGCAUCAGCAGCAACGCAGUCAUCAUCAGCAGCAUCACCUGCAGACGACCGGGACGAAGCCGCUGCCGAAGCCGAUCUACAACAACAUGGGCGGCAAGGCAGGCAAGGGCCAGGCAGGUGGGCCGCACAACCCGCAACCGCCCGCCCUACCGGCCACCGGUCCCCCGCACCGGAAGUUGAUGGCCACCGACGAUACCUACUCCAGUGCCACGCUCCGGUCCUCGUGCGCCGCCACGGACAACGCGUACGAGAGCGUCUGCUCGCCGGAGGACGUGUACGAGCGGGCCGCCGAGAUGGGGCUCACCACCGGCAACAGCAACCUCCUCCAACACCACCACCACCACCACCACCGGCAGCAGCAGCAUCAGCAGCAAGCCGGUGCCGGAGCAACAACAACUGGAGCAACCGUUAGCGCAAAUGGUGCCACCAACGGUACAGCCUCGGCAGCCUCAGCAGCAGCAGCAGCGCAACCACCACCACAAGCGGCAGCCAAACGAAACGGGCCGCCACCACCGAUGGGCGAAGAAAAUGAAAAUGCAGGACCACCGCCACCGCCGCUUCCGCCGCCGCUGAAGGCGAGCAACUACGGGUUCGCCGGCAGCGGCGCACAUCCAGCCGCCGCGGCCGCAGCCACCGCCGCCGCCGCCGCCGCUGCCGUGGCCGCCGCAGCGCUAAUUGGCGGCUCCCGGGGCGAGGGCUACGGCUACUCGAAGAGCGCCUCGGCGCGAGCUGCAAUCGAGCAGCAGACCGUGGCGGCCUACGUCGAGCAGCAGCAGCAGCACCACAAGCGCCUGGCGUCGAUGAUGCACCACCAUCGGGACGGGGAGCCGGGACCGGGCGGCGACCACCUGGACUCCGACUCCGGCCUGGAGGUGCUCGAGGAGUCCACGCUCAAGCCGUCCGAUCUGAUCCGUGGCAAUCACAACCGAAGCAUGUCCAUCAUUUCGGCGAAUAAGAAAGCCAAGCUGAUCCAAGCGAACGGCAUCGGUAAUGGUGGCAGCAACCUACAUAGCGGCGGCGGCAGCAGCGUGUGCGCGGCGGAAAAUGGUUCACCGUACGGCGGCUCCAAGGCGUCCCGAGUCGGUGCGGCAGCGUCAGUCGACGAGCAGCACUGCCAUCAGCAACAUCACCAUCAACCGCGACUGUUGAGCGCCCAGCCGCACCCGGCAGCAGCAGCAACCACCGCAUCAAGCAACCACCACCACCAGCAGCAGCAGCACCCGCACCACCACCAGGGACCGAACCUGGUCAACAAGCAGCUCGUGCUGCCGUUCGUGCCGCCCAGCUUCCCGAAUGGUGCCGGUGACGGCUCCAACCAUCUCAUCAAACCGUCCGAGUAUCUGAAGAGCAUCAGUGAUAAAAAGUCCAAUGCAGGCUCGCAGAGAUCAUCCGACACGGAGGAUUAUAUGCCAUUGAACACACCCCUGAUAGUGCAGGCGGGUUCGGAACCACCGAAGCCGCCCCCUCCACCGCCGGCACCGCCCCUGCACGGCAUCCAUAGCGCGGCCCCAUUGCACUCCACCCUGUCGCACGUCCACCAUCACGGCGGCAGCGGCGUCGGAGGCGGCGUCGGCGGCGGCAACAACCACAGCGGAGCGGCACACCCACCGCCACCGCCGCCCCCGCAGGACACCGACAUCCGGAAGCUGCACCAGCCGCUAUCGGCCAUCUCCAUCCAGGACCUGAACAGCGUGCAGCUGCGCCGGACGGACAAGAUGCUAGCGAAGACCUACUCGGCGCCGACCAGGAGCAUCAGCAUGCAGUGUCUGUCCAGCACCAGCGAGCAGUUCCUCUCGCAGAAGACGGACCUGAUCGCCGAGCUGAAGCUGUCGAAGGACAUUGCCGGCGUGAAGAAGAUGAAGGUCGAGCGGGCCAAGCUCGAGGACCGGCAGGCGAACGAGGUCUACUCGGAGGUGACGCGCCAGUUCACCGCCCAGAACUACGUCGAUCAGGUACCGGAGCGGGAUAACGCGGGCAACAUCAUCCCGGACUGGAAGCGCCAGAUGCUGGCGAAGAAGGCGGCCGAGAAGGCGAAGAAGGAGUUCGAGGAGCGGCUGGCGCGGGAAGCGGAGGACCGGCGGCUGUCCGCCAUUCCGAAGUGGAAGCGGGACCUGAUCGCGCGCAAGGAAGAGGCAGAGAACAAGCUGAAGUCGUCCAUUUACACGCCGAAGGUGGAGGAACCGCCCCGUCGCUCGGACUCCUGGCGCAACCGGAUCUCGCAGCGCGCGAUGUCGAUCGACAACAUCAGCUCGUACGGCACGACGGACCCGGAUCCGGCCGGCACCGGGUUGCGCUACAACAAAGAAAACCACCAGUACCAGUACCCGGGCGGUGCGCCGCCACCGGUGGCCAACAACAACGGUGGCCGGGCGACGUCGGCGACGAACGGAACCGGCACACCGCAGCCCCCGCUCACGUCCAGCAUGGCACCGCGCCGCUCGAUGGAGAACAUCAGCAACGGGAAGCUGGAGGGUGGCACCGCGCACGGCUACCACCUGCCGGACAUGGCCCCCUCGACUCCGAGCGAGUCCGUGUGCGCGGCCGACAACGACGACGACAGCGAGCAGAUCAUCCCGUGGCGGGCGCACCUGCGGAAAACCAACAGCCGCCUGUCGCUCAUCGGCUAGAGGCGGAAUGGACGUAAACAACUAC